CGCGAGAUGCGAGUCUGCGCGCGCGCGGUUCUUCCUUCGGGCGGAAGCUGGGUUUCAAGAGCCGCUGCUGAAAGCGGAGGAGGAAGAGUCACUGGCUGUGCUUUAGGGUAAAUAGAACAUGGCUUCCUCUCUCAGAAUCUAAAUAUUUCUUUGGUUCUUCUUGUCCCUGAACCUCAGCCACAAUGCAACAAGCUUUAGAAUGUGCUCUGGAUCGUGCUGAGUAUAUCAUCGAGAGUGCACGUCAGAGGCCCCCCAAAAGAAAAUAUUCAUCUAGUGGAAGAAAAUCGGUAUUUCAAAAAUUGUAUGAACUUUAUCUAGAAGAAUGUGAUAAAGAACCUGAAAUAAAGCAGAAGCUGAGACGAAAUGUGAACUUAUUGGAGAAACUUAUUAUGCAAGAAACCCUGUCAUGCCUUGUCGUGAAUCUGUAUCCAGGAAAUGAAGGCUAUUCACUGAUGCUCAGAGGAAAGAAUGGCUCAGAUUCAGAAACAAUUCGGCUUCCCUAUGAAGAAGGAGAAUUACUUGAAUAUUUGGAUGCUGAAGAACUUCCUCCUAUUUUAGUUGACCUGCUGGAAAAAUCUCAGAUCAACAUUUUUCAUUGUGGAUGUGUCAUAACAGAAAUACGUGACUAUAGACAGUCUGGUAAUCUGAAGUCCUCAACAUAUCAAAGCAGGCACAUUCUUUUACGUCCAACAAUGCAAACAUUGGUUUGUGAUGUUCAUUCCAUUACAAGUGACAACCACAAAUGGACACAGGAAGACAAACUCCUACUAGAAAGCCAGCUCAUACUAGCUACAGCUGAACCCCUGUGUCUAGAUCCCUCAAUCGCUGUAACAUGUACAACAAACAGAGUUCUCUACAACAAGCAGAAAAUGAAUACCCGCCCAAUGAAACGGUGCUUCAAGAGGUACUCCAGGUCAUCUUUGAAUCGACAGCAGGAAGUGAUUCAUUGCUCAACACCACCACAGCUUAAAUUAUUAGAUUAUGUGCAUAGAAGAAGAGAGAGAAAAGCAGCCCCACAGCAUGACCUCAAAAUUUCCAAAGCUGGAAAUUGCGUGGAUAUGUGGAAACAGCCUCCUUGCUAUUUGAGUAUGCCAUCAGAAGUGGAUGUGGAAAAAUAUGCCAAAGUGGAAAAAUCUAUCAAGACUGAUGACUCGCAGCCAAGUGUUUGGCCACCACAUGAAAUAAAAGAAGAUUAUGUCUUUGAAUGUGAAGUUGGAAGUCAACUGCAGAAAACAAAACUGACAAUUUUCCAGUCUUUAGGGAAUCCAUUAUACUAUGGCAAAAUACAGAUGAUUCAAAGCGAAGAAGAAAAUGAGAUCCUAGCCAUUCCAUCACAGUUUCUUAUUGGCUCAAAAUCGGAAGCUGUAAGAGUGGUCAGUCAGUACCAGGAACUCAUUCAGAAUGAAGCUAAAUGCACAGUGAAGAUGUUUCAUAACACAAAUGGAGCAGUCUAUCUAAGUGAACUUUCUCCUGGGAAGGAAAUUGAACAGCCUGAGAGUAUAUCAGGGUAUGUUCAGCCAUCAUUAUUGGGGAAAAGUGUGAAACACCGGCCACCUCCCAUCAAAAUGCCUUCAAGUUCAGGAGGCAGCUCAUCAGGUAGUAUUUUUAGUCAACAGCAGUCAACUGGCCACCUGAAAGCCCCGACUCCUCCGCCUCCUACCCCAAAGCCUCCCUCAGUGUCUCGGAAGCAGUCUCUGGACCUGAAUCAGCUGAGCUUGCUUUCUCCGGCAGCUGUGUCUCCAGCAAGCUCUUCACAAAGGUCUGGAACUCCUAAGCCAUCUGCUCCUCCUCCAACCAGCACCCCUUCAUCGACCCCACACCCUCCUCCUGACGCUCAGAGCUCCACUCUGACUGCCCCUUCUGCCACCCCUACUCCCCAAGAUUCAGGCUUCGCCCCUCUGCCCGCCUUGCUCACCCCGUUUGCUCAGCAGCAAAUGUCUCUGAGCCAGGCACUACCUGUAAUGACCAUUCCUAUUUCCACCAUGGUAACAUCCACCACUUCAGGAACUUCCACCAACCAGAUCAUGGCCAACACUGCAGGACUUAACUUCAUCAGUGUAGUGGGCUCUGUGUGUGGUGCGCAAACAUUGAUGAGCGGCUCAAACUCCAUGUUGGGGUGCAGUACUGGUGCAAUAAGUCCUGCAGAUAUAAACCUAAGCAGCAUUUUACCACCAGGUGGUCUAGUGCCAAGUGCGCUGCCUGCUGCAAUGCAGCCCACCUCUCAGCCAGCAGGUGGCCCUUUGAGUUUAACAAAUGGUCCAGGUCUUCAUUCUCUGAAUCUACUGCAGCUUCAAGACGGCUCACUGAUUUUCAACCCUUUGCAGCAGCAACAACUCUCCCAGUUCUCAUCCCAACCACCUCCAAUUUCAAGUUCUCAACAACAGGGAGAUCAACCAUAUCCAGAAACUCAAGAGGAUUUCAAGCAAGCUGAACAAAUAAACUGAAAUAGGCCACCCACAACCAAGAGCGGUGAGUUCUGACUUGAUUCCAAAAAUGAAUUCCUAAUUUCAAAGUACUGGAAGGUAAUCAACACAAGGUCAGAUUUCACAGACACUUGAAACAGCUUUAGGCUGCUCCUCACCAUUUGAUGAGUGAAUCUCUUUCUUUUUUUCACCACAGAAAACCACUAUCAUAAGAAUACGGUGUGGCAGUAAAUAAUAUGUGUUAAACGUAUAGCAAAUGUCAUUUGAAGUGGCAGAGCCUCAGAAGUAUUUCUCCAUUUGAACAUAUUCCUAAAUUCUACGUCAGCAUUUCAGAUAGUACAUCUGAAAGGUAUUUUGACUAAAGACCAGGAUUCUAUCCUCACUCAUCCAAGAGCAUAUAUCACUGAAAUUUGGAGAACAUAUUUCUGAAUAGGCACGCAAAUGAUGAUUAUGAUGGCUCUUAGUAGAGAUUAAAAAAAAAAACCACGCAGGAAUCCCAAUCAGCAUGCUGCCUUAAUUGAAACAAGACUUUCUGAACAAGUGCACUAUAUUAAAAUGUCAGGAGCAGCAUAUAUUCAGAUAGAAUUACCCAAUCUCUGAAAUUCCAUUAAUUCUGAUGAUGUUAAAUAAUCUAGCAGGAAAUUGAAAUAGAUUCGCUAUUUCAGGAAAAACAGAAACCUUACCAAUAUAUCCUUUGUUACUGGAAUCAGCAGGGGGUGCUGCGAAUUCCUAUAGACAGUAUAUCCAACACAGCGGAAGAGAUGGGGCAUACAAAAGAAAAGUAAUUUUGAAGUUGCACUAUUACAGACCUACACACAUUUGAGAAAAUCAAGACACAUUCUAACUUUUUUUCACACAUUUGAUAGUUUAUUGUUUACUUACAAAUAUUGCUCACUAAUAUCAAAUGUAUAGUAACAAACCUAAUGAUUCUGUGAUAAGUUGUGGGCAUGCUAUAUAUUUUAAGGUGAUGUGUUUUAAUUGUAUUGGGCUCUGCCUUGAGCCAUGAAGAGAGGCAGGUAACAAAUUAUUUUUGUUGUUGUGUUGUAUGCAUCUUCCUUUCCACAUCGCUUUUGUACACAUACCAAUGUCCUUGCUUCAUAGUAUAAAACCAAACACAGCUUGGUACAUUUGUUUGUACCCAAUUCGGGUCCCCAGAUGUUAAUGAAUGACAGCUCCCAUUGUUUUUUAUUAUCUGCCAUGCGGACUGGGUUAAUGUGAAUUGCAACCCAACAGCAUUUGUGACUCUCGAGGUCGGGGAAAGAUUAAAGGGCAUUUAAGUCAGACAUCCUAUCCCCAAUUGUAUCUAACUUAAAACCCCACUGUUCUGACUAAACAGAACAUGUUGCAUUCUUCCAGGGAAUACUAUAUCACAACUACAAUUAGCUCUAAUGUUGAAGUAUAGAAGAAUUGUAAUCCAGCAUCUGGAAGACCACAUAAAAUCUGUAGCAGGCCAGAUUUGGCCCGCAGGCCUUGAGUUUGACACGUGACAUAUAAUAUCCCAAAUGCAUCUCUCUAAGGGCCCUUACACACAGCCCUAUAUCCCAGAAUAUCAAGGCUAAAAGAUCCCACAGUAUCUGCACUCAGAUAAUGUGAGAUUUUCUGCCUUGAUAUUCUGGGAUAUAGGGCUAUGUGGAAGGGUAUUAUAAAACACUAAAAGUUGCUGUACCAUAUUCCAAGCAAAUUUGAAAAAUAGUGAGUUAUCUAACAUCCUGAUUCAAAAUAUAAAACCUAAUAAAUUCUGUCUUUAUGAUGGGCAUGGAAGAAUGCAAUGUUUACAGGUCACUCUUAUACUGAAUGCAGCUUUGCAAAGAGAGCUCCCUAGCCAAUAUUUUAGCUCUACUUUGCAGUUACUAGAUUUCCUCAAUUCUAAGAUGCACUUUUCCCCUACAUAAACAUAGCUAAAAAUGGGGUGCAUCUUAGAAUCACAGGUGUAUCAUGUAUUUUUGUUGAUGUGGUACUGAAAUUAGGGUGCAUCUUACUAUUAAUGGUGUCUUAUAAUGGAAGAAAUAUGGUAGUUGGAUUCAGCACAAGUUGCACUGCACAUGUAGGUACUCAAGAUCCAUUCUCAUCUCAGCAUUCCAAAGCAUAUGUCAAGGAAUCAAAAUUAUAUUUACAAGAAAUAACAUUUAUGUAGGGAUAUAGGAAUGUGUAAUUUCUUCAGACUUGUUGUAUGAAUAAAUUAGCCCUCAUAUCACAGCCUUCCCAACUGUGGGAAACAGCUUUCUAUAGGCAGACAAAAUUGAAAGCUGGUCUAUUAUGAUUUCUGUAUAAAAAGGGACUACGAGGCUGCAUCAGGACACUGCUUUUUCCUAAAGGAAAACCAUUGUUUCUCUUUUUCAUCCACAUCAGGAAAACUGCAUCAGUGAUCUCAGUUAGUCUACUCUUCUAGAGAUAGAAGCAGUCAUUGUUACAGGAGAAAUGCUAUAGCAUUCUGAUGUUCAGUUGGCUUCAUAAAAACCUGAAGCUGCAUUUUGAAAAACCUCAGUUCAAGAACCUACCGCCUUUAUGCCACAUACAACGGUCGUGUUACCUAGCUUCACAAGGGCAGAGCCAUCUGCUGUGGUAAUUGAACCUGUUGAGAAAGACAAAAUGCUUCAGUAGUGUAUAAGCUUUCUUCCUUGGCAGAUCAGACUAGCAGAUCCAUGGCAGAUACCAGAAGUAACAGACUUGGGUUACAUGUAAAAUAUUUAUUUCCAAAUUUCUAAAGUGAUUUAGAGUGCUGGCUUCUCCUUCUCUUCCCCCACUCCCCCCUCUAUGUGCACCCACUUACUCCCAUUUAUUCCUGCGGAUUCUGCCACUGAGACUCUGCUACCAGCAAGAUGAUGAAAAAUAACUAAAUGUUUAUUUUGAAUUUGCUGCAGAGGCACUAAUAUUUAGCAGGAAAGAAGGCACAUUUUAGUUUAUUUCACUAACAUUUCUUCAUCAUUGUAUGAGCCUUUGACAUGAUAAAAUAUGCUGUAUGGUUUGACUGAGAUUGUAUGAAAGGUGUAUGAAUGUGGCCCAAUUGGGCUGAAGAUACCAUUCUAAGGAAUGAGGCCUGGAAAACUACAAGACAGAGACGAAGGACUCACGGACUAAUUAAAAAUUGCUGAUGAGAUUUGAGACAAAUGAUUAACUGUUGACAUUCUGACUUGAUUAACUCUUGAUUAGCAUUGCCAAAGACAAUUGUUCUUUUAAGUAAGGAAGUCAACACUGUGGCUCCUUACAGAAAUGGUUACAAGCCUCCUUGAUAAGGAAAGCCAAUUAAACAAAAGCAACAUCUGUCCAGGAACUGAUGGAAUCUGUCUGGCAGUAAUUUACAACUUUCAGAACCACAUCAACAGAAAAUACUACAUAAAAGGACCCUUCUCUCUCAGAGAGUGUGUGUCAGACCAACUGAACACCAUUUCUGAACACCAUCGUGAACAGUCACUGACUCCUCUCAAGAAGCUGAUCAUCUUCAGCAAGAAGAAUGGUAAGAAUGCUUGAUGAAUGAAUGAAUGAAUGAAUGAAUGAAUGAAUGUUAGAGUAUAUGUGUAAAUGUUGAUGCAAUAUUCCCCUUUGUCUAUGUAACCAAUAUAAUUAUUAUAAAACCCA